AUGUCAAACCCGGGCGAACGCCCGCAACGGAUCGCGGCGCUGCGCUGGGCGGCUGGCACGGCGAGCUGGUCUCUUGCAUCGCUGCACUUCUUUGCCGAGACGUACGGCGUCCAGAGCCACCCGGCGCUCAAGUUCUUCCCCAGCUGCUCGAAGGGCGAGUCGAUUGGCUACGACCGGGCGCGCAGAGAGGGCGCCCCCGACGACUUCUUGAGCCAGAAGUGCGGCACGUACCGCGCAGUCGGCGGUGACCCCACUGAACUCAACUCCGAAACGCCAUUCACUGCCCUAUCCUCUGUUGCGCCCGCUGCCUCUCGCCCUGCAAAAAUCUCUGGCUCGUCUCUCCACAAGCUUCCCGGCCCCAGCUCCAUCCUCAAGCCCAUCAUCCGUAUACCUGGGUUCCGUGGGAUGUGGCUCGGCCAAACCGCGACCCUCAUCCGGCAGGCCGGUGGGGAUGCCGCAUGGUUCGCGUUCAAAGGAGGUCGUCGCGACGUUCCUGCUCAAGCGGCGCGACGUCCCGUCUUACCACAGAAGGGAACUGCGUACAUGGGGGUCCGCUGUGUCUGGUGCCGCGGCGAAUAUUGCCUACAACGUCGCUUCUUGGCGGACACCAUGAAGCGCGCAAUACAGACGGAGGCGGAAGUCGCGGUCAAGGGCAGCUGA